CACUUUAUUCCACAUGCAAUCUCACUCAUUACAGAGGGAAAAAACCCCAGCAUUUAAUGUCCACUUCUGGGUCUGCACAUUUUGGUGCUCUGUCAUUCCCAUUUGUGAAAUGAGCAGUAAUUACCACAUUACAUUUGUCUGAGUGACUGGGAGAGAUCCAUUAACUUCCUGCAUAAAAUGAUACUUCACACAAGGCUCAUUUUCCUGGUAGGAAUAUGUUUGGAAGGACUAGGAGAGAAGAGCAGCUGUAACUUGGUCUGAUGCUUUCAUUAGAGACUUCUUGUCCUUAAGCUGUCUCACAACAUUCAGACAGGCAGCAGACCAGGGUGUCAGCCUUGUUUGGGGGGGUUUGGUGGCUCCUGCACGGAACAAAUCCCAGUCUUCAUGGAUUGCAUGUUGUCUCUGUAAAAGAUGGAAUGAUACCUUGGCUUGAACAUCGACAAAGUAGUGAAAAUAAAACAUGGAGGGUUGUUUCUAUUCUAUUUUUUUCUACUCUGUUUGGGUGCAGUGGACUAAGGUCAAAGGCAUGACUAGGUUGGUACCAUGACUGGAGAUGCCUGGAGUGCAGGGGUUAUAGCCAAGUGGAAAAUGCAUUUAUAGGUGAACUUCCCUUGAUUCUAAAAAUCAGCACAUACCACACUUUUGCAGACAAAUGAAGUGGAGAAGCAAACUCUGAGGGCUUUUCAGUCCAGGCACCCUGGAGGAGGAAUAUCUGGCACCAGAUUCCUGUAGAUCAGUGGGUGCUUACUGAGACUGGACUAUUUUUUGGAAGACGGGAUUUUUGUCAGUAUUUACUGCCUGCUCAUCAUGUCUUCAAUUCUUGGGAAGAUGAAGAAAUUUGGCAGUUUUGACAUGGAGGAAUCUGAAGUGGCAGAUGAACACACGGAAGGGGAGGAGUCUGUCCUGGAAACAUCUGACAGCUCCCAGGGCCCACCCAGCACCAGGGCACAGCCACCCAAAAGCAACAUCUUUGCAAGGCGUGGGCGGUUUGUGAUGGGGGAUAGUGACAAGGACAUGGCUCCCAUGGACUCCUUUUACCAGAUGGAUCACCUGAUGGCACCUUCUGUCAUCAAAUUUAAUGUCAAUUUGGAGAGGGGGAAACUUCACAAGCUCCUGUCUGCAGAUUCCAUCACAGGCUGCUCAGAAAAAGCUUUCAAGUUUUAUGAUCGCAGAAGGAUCUUUGAUGCUGUAGCCCGAGGCAACACAAAGGACCUGAGUGACCUGCUACUCUACCUUAAUAGAACCUUCAAGCAUCUCACAGAUGAGGAGUUCAAAGAGCCCGAAACUGGGAAAACCUGUUUACUGAAAGCCAUGCUGAAUCUGCAUGAUGGGAAAAAUGAUACCAUUCCCUUGCUGCUGGAUAUUGCAAGGAAAACUGGAACUCUGAAAGAGUUUGUUAAUGCAGAAUAUACUGACAACUACUACAAGGGCCAGACUGCUCUUCACAUCGCCAUCGAGAGAAGGAACAUGUACCUGGUGAAGCUCUUGGUCCAGAAUGGAGCAGAUGUUCAUGCACGAGCCUGUGGGGAGUUCUUCAGGAAAAUCAAAGGGAAAUCUGGCUUUUAUUUUGGGGAGCUGCCCUUGUCCCUGGCUGCCUGCACCAACCAGCUCUGCAUUGUGAAAUUCCUGCUGGAGAAUCCCUACCAGGCAGCUGACAUUGCUGCUGAGGACUCCAUGGGCAACAUGGUCCUGCACACCCUGGUGGAGAUUGCAGAUAACACUAAGGAUAACACCAAGUUUGUAACCAAGAUGUACAAUAACAUAUUGAUCCUUGGUGCCAAAAUUAAUCCAAUCCUGAAGCUGGAAGAGCUCACCAACAAGAAAGGGCUGACUCCAUUAACCCUGGCAGCCAAAACAGGGAAGAUAGGGAUUUUCGCUUACAUCCUCAGACGAGAGAUCAAAGAUCCCGAGUGCAGACACCUGUCCAGGAAGUUCACUGAAUGGGCAUAUGGACCUGUCCACUCCUCUCUUUAUGACCUGUCCUGUAUAGACACAUGUGAGAAAAAUUCAGUGCUGGAGAUUCUUGCCUACAGCAGUGAGACACCAUCUGAUACAUACUGGUCCCAGCAAGACUCUCCCCUUUCUCCUUCUGCUCAGAACCGGCACGAGAUGCUGCUGGUGGAGCCCCUUAACAGGCUCCUGCAGGACAAGUGGGACCGGUUUGUCAAACACUUGUUUUACUUCAACUUCUUUGUCUAUACCUUGCACAUCAGCAUCCUCACUGCAGCUGCUUACUACAGACCUGUACAGAAGGACCAGAAGCCUCCCUUCACCUUUGGUUACACCACUGGGGAGUAUUUUCGAGUGACUGGAGAGAUCCUGAGUGUUCUGGGAGGCCUCUAUUUUUUUUUCAGAGGGAUACAAUAUUUCGUGCAGAGGCGCCCGUCGCUCAAGACGCUGAUCAUUGAUGGCUACAGUGAGGUUCUUUUCUUUGUUCACUCCUUACUCCUCCUGAGCUCUGUGGUGCUGUACUUCUGUGGCCAGGAACUCUACGUGGCUUCCAUGGUGUUCUCCUUGGCACUGGGCUGGGCCAACAUGCUCUACUACACCCGUGGCUUCCAGCAGAUGGGCAUUUACUCUGUCAUGAUUGCCAAGAUGAUCCUUAGAGAUCUGUGUCGCUUCAUGUUUGUCUAUCUAGUGUUCCUCUUGGGAUUUUCUACAGCUGUGGUGACUUUAAUUGAGGAUGACAAUGAGGGGCAAGAGACAAAUACCUCUGACUCUUCCCGCUGCUGCCACGUGAGACGAGUCCGCACGUCCUACAACAGCCUGUAUUACACCUGCCUGGAGCUUUUCAAGUUCACUAUUGGGAUGGGGGACCUGGAGUUCACAGAGAACUACAGGUUCAAGUCUGUGUUUGUCAUCCUCUUGGUUCUCUAUGUCAUCCUCACGUACAUCCUCCUGCUCAACAUGCUCAUUGCGCUGAUGGGGGAAACCGUGAACAAGAUUGCACAGGAGAGCAAGAGCAUCUGGAAACUCCAGAGAGCCAUCACAAUCUUGGAUAUCGAAAACAGCUACUUGAACUGUUUGAAGGGCUCAUUCCGGUCCGGGAAGCAAGUCUUGGUGGGGAUCACACCUGAUGGCCAAGAUGAUUACAGAUGGUGCUUUAGGGUUGAUGAAGUGAACUGGUCCACAUGGAAUACGAACCUGGGCAUAAUCAACGAAGACCCCGGGUACUCCGGGGACCUCAGACGGAAUCUCAGUUUCUCUAUUAAACCUGGCAGAGUUUCAGGGAAACACUGGAAAACAUUGGUUCCGCUUUUAAGAGAUGGAAGCAGGAGAGAAGAUAGUCACAAGCUACCAGAGGAAGUCAAAUUAAAACCUGUUUUGGAACCUUAUUAUGAGCCAGAAGAUUCUGAGGUGUUGAAGGAGUCGCUUCCAAACAACCACAGGGGGAAAGAAAUCUGGUGCUGCAAAUCCAUCUGGCUGGAUUUACAAAGAGAAUCAGGAAAACUAUCUGAGAGAGAAAAUAGGCAGAUGUUCUAAAACUACAGAUGGGAGCUCUGGAAAGAGAGGAGAGCGUAAGGUUCCAUGCUUGUCUGAGCCUCUCCCAGUGACUGUGCACAGCCUGUGGCCCACAGCACCAGCAGCAAGGACACGCUCACAGGACAGGGACAAGAAGCACCCACCACCUCACACAUCUGUGGGGUGUGUACAGUGAGGACUGGCAAAGGGCUUUGUAGCUUUGUUCUGUUACUUUUUGCCUUAGGAGUGGCAGGGGACAAUUAACAAAAGCACAAAUGCAGGAAAAGACACAGGAAAAGAGUUACAGAUCCAUUCUCCCCAUUGCUUGUUAUUAUCUCGUGCUUAUCUCAUGUAACUUAACCAAGACAAGGGAUAACUAUGACCUGAAGUCAAAUACUGAUGCCACUUGCAAAAAGCGGAUUUUUACUGUACUUAUUUCAACUCACUCAAUACUGAAUCUGUCCCUGCAUAGGGAAUUGGCCAGAGGUGUGGGAAUU